GGAAGAAGAAAAAAAGAAUUCUCAUUUAUCAACCAAUCAAUUUCACAUAACACCACAACAAUCAUUCAAUUUUAUUAACCAUGCCGCGACCCAAAAGAACCCGCGUCGCAUUGACUCGAACAGUUCCAAAAGCGACAAGUCCAGAACCCGCAACGACACUACCAAAUCCUACUGAUCCAGGUUCCGAUAUUUAUGAUGUGAGCGAUCGCGAGAAGGAAAAGGCAAAAAAGAAGCGGGAAUCAAUGGAAGAGAAGACAACCACUACCCGCACGCGAUCAACAACUCUACACCAGGCCAAGGCAUUGGAAGACGCGCGAAAUCGUCGCGACUCUGCAAUGGAACGCCUGGAAAAUAUAACAUCAACUGCCAGCAACCGAACAAACGAAUCUGCUGAGCAAUCGGAUCUUUCAAUUGAGCUUGGGCGCAAAGCGGCCGGGACCCCGCAACAGAGGAGAAUGGCAGAUAUGUCAGGAUUAGACCUAGACGAUGCCGAUUUCGAUGAUUUGAAUACCACAUUUGAUACAGCGGGUCCAGCGAGCGCACAACGAUCUGCGGACACGUCCUCUAUGUCCGCCAGUUUAUUCAAGCGUCGACCCCGCGCCGGAAGUUUUCUAAGUAGGGAAGACGGUUACAUUCGACCAAGCAGCCGAACAGGUCCCAAUACUCCGGGUCUUAGUUCGACCUUCAACAUUGGUGUGUUCAGGAGAAGAGCACGAGAACCUAGUAUCCUGGGUACAGCGCAAAAGCCGCGCCCUCAAAGAUCAGAGCCCGAACCAGAGCCGGAAUCGGAAGAAGAUGACGAAGAGGAUGUUGAUGAGGAUGGAUUUGCGCCUGAAGCUGAGUCCACCCCAUUGAAUCGUUCGAAGAGGCGCUCUGGAGAAACAGAGGCCGGUCAAGGAUCACCGCAAAUCUCAUCACGCGCAAACCCACGCAAGAGAAAGUCUUCGGAGGGGCACGAGCGCCGCCCGCGAUCCUCCCCAUUCGAAGAGAGAGUGCCUGCCGAGGAGGUAGCAGUAGCACACUCGGAUUCAAUCCUGUCUUCUCCUCCCUCCACCCCUCUGCCUCGACAAAGUAGCAGUAGGCCAGCAACCCCUAUUAUGGACGAGGAACUUAUGGCCCCUCCUUUAAGCAGUAGUUCGUCCGCAGGAGAUUCGGAGAUUUGGCCCCCUCUACAAUCAUUAGCAAGAGGUCGUACAAAACGCCCUGUCUCCGCGCUCCGAAGGACCCCAGUCCCUGAUGACAAUGUCUCCGACAUGUCGUCUCCACCAUCCCUAACCUACUCUCCCAACUACCGCGAACCCUCUCCACCCCGUCGAGCUGCCAAGAACAAACGUGCAGCAGCAGCUUCCAAAGAGGAAGCAAAAGUCAUGACGGCGGACCUAGCCGAUUUAUUACCGCGUCGACGUCGUAGGAAUGCUAGAGCUGGUGACGACGAGGACGAGGAUGCUGAAGUAGAUAUCUCUGGUCUAGGAGACGAUGAUGAGCUCUCAUACAUGGACGUGCGCUCGCGACGACAUCCAGCGCGACCAACCUCUCGGCCGGGAACCUCGAGGAAUCAGAAUGCUGCGGUGAAGAGCAGACCCGCCUCGCGUGGCAAGGCAAAGCAACAACAGCAGAAGACACCUAGCACUAACAGACGUGCCACAAUCACCUACGGACGAACUUCGGAUAAAGAAAACGAAGACGCUGGCGAGAAUGAAGAAAACUCGGCAGAAGAGGACGAGGGUAACGAUGAUAUUGAUAUUGAUAUCGACCCUACAGUUGGUGAAAGUAGCCAGGCUAUGGUGAUGCGCAUAGGCGAGGAGCUGAAGAACGCAGCACGCAAGUUCCAGGAGGUGGAUAAGUGGCAACUAGACUAUGAGGAGAUGACACAAAGCAGUUCUCCACGAGAUGCGCGUUAAAAUCAUUCAUUACUUUGCUUCGAAAUUUUAUUCUUGAUGGAAGGGAGGAAGUGGUUACCCAGGGCGGGUGGGGAUGAGGAGUAUGGACGGGGUUAUGCUUCAUGACACGCGAUGCUUUCUACAUGCAUCUUGCUUGAGCUUCUGGCGUUGUGUGGUGUGGUGUAGUCAAUUAGUCGAAUUUCACGACUACGAUACGAAAAGUUGCUUGGAGAAUCAGUCUCAUGCUCUCGGGACGGAGGGGAUGAUAGCUUGAUACCUCAAUUCAUCAA